CGACUUAUUUUAAUUGUAUACGGAAGUCUCAGUAUACUAAUAGUAAAAUCUGUCAUGAAUCAAAACCAAGGCGAGGAUAUAAAAACUGAAAUGAGUGCUGUGGCCGCUGUGCUUGAAGUUUCCGCCAGAAAAGAUAUGCUAGAACUAGCUCAGAUUCAAGAAGAGGCGAUGGAAUUCAAGGCAAUACUGACGACGAAGCAAGAGCAAUUAGCUGAGUUGAUAACUGUACUGGAGUACGAUAAGGAUACUGUGGAAGCGGCGCUAAACAAUCUCAAGAGCAAACAUAAGAAUAUGAAACCUGCCAUGAACAAGAGGUUGACUAAAUUACGAAACGAACUGAUGACGAUGAAGGAACGCGCAGCUAAAUUCUCAAGUAUGUGCGCGGUGUGUGAAAGUCACAUAAACAAGCUCAAUCUAGAGAUGGCAGCGACUAGCAAAAGGUAUGAUUGACGACGAAUCUCGUAGUUAGAAGAUGUCUAGCGAAUAUAGAAGAAUAUCUAUCCCUUGUGCGCAGGCAAUUCUUCUAUUAGAAUAAAUAGACUAGGUGUAAAGUAAGAUAUUCUCUGGUAUUCAUACUAAGGAAACUAAUAUGUUCAUUUUUAUCAGACUUAGAAGUCAAUUUAAUAUGUAUAGCUAUAUUAUUAUAAGUUUGUUUCAUAUUAGUUUUAUCUUUACAAAAUUUACAAAAUUUUGACGUAGAGUAUGCUUAUUUUUUGAAAUUGACAACAAGAAAAAACUCAAUGUAAUCAUAAUGCAACAUGUUACCUCGAGUAAUUUAAAAACAAUACGUAUAUUUUAUUUUUUAUAAAUAUUUUUUGAAGUUUUGGGAACGAUUCGUAAUAUUUGUAAUUGAUUUUGUAAAAUAAAGUGUAUUCGAAACCUUAUCUCAAUUCUUUGCUUAUAUUAUUUUAAAAGCAAGUUUGUCUAUAUAGCGGCUUCUGAUAAUAAGGAAAAACACUGAUCCGACCACUCGGCAGGUUGUAUAUGGUAACUUGAGAAAAAAACCCUAGGUAAUUAUUGCAAGACUGCAAGUGCACGAUAACACUUGCCGUUGGGGGGGCUGCGACAACACAACGUAUUUGCGGUCAGACAUAGGUUAGGUCAGUCUUUAAAAUUGAAAUUUAUUCUCAGAUUCUGCAUCUCACUUUGAAAAUGUGAUUGACUGCGUUUCUGCCAUCGAACAAGUACACUUAGAAAGCGGAUAGUCAACGAUAUCUCUAAAAGAUCAGUAUUAAAGGUUUUUCUUAAUGACAAGGAAGGGUGCACAAACAUUCAAGUCAUUAUCGAUCGAUCAAUUUGCAAGUGAUUUCGACGUUUUUCACGGUUACUGAAGUAUUCUAAGUUGAGGAAUUCAACAGGCAACAAUACUGGACAAGUGUGAUUAUUAUAAAUAUAGGUUACCUUAUUGAUAUUUUGUACAUCGCAUUCUUGUUACUUUACCAAGGAAGAUAGUGAAUAGAUAUCUAGUCAAAGUGCUUUGAGCAAUGUGCUAAUUUAUUUGGAACUUACAGAUAUUACUUUUAUAUUGCUUCAAAAUGAGGUCGUACAAUCUGCUGAUUAAAAUAUUUAUGGCUGUACUGGUAUUAGUAAUAUUUUGGCAGAUAUCUAAUUUGUGGAAAUCAGCUACGCCAGAAAAAAGUGAAUUAGAGAAGCUGAUUGAAAAGCAGCAAAUUCAGCCUGUUGUGGUGACAGUUUUUUACGAAGCAUUGUGCCCUGAUUCCAGAAGUUUUAUCAAGCAUCAGUUGAAGCCAACUUUUGACAAAAUCGAAGAUUACAUUGACGUAAACCUAAUUCCUUAUGGCAAAGCUGAGACAAUAGUUACCAGCGACGACUACGAAUUCAAGUGUCAGCAUGGGGAAACCGAAUGCGAAGCAAAUAUGAUUCAUGCGUGUGCGAUACAUAAAGUGCUUAAUUCUAGGAGGCGAUUGGAGUUGGUGGAAUGCAUGAUAAGCAAUAAUAUGCAUCCACAGGCAAUUCUGGAAACCUGUGCCAAAGGAAUGGACGAGCUGAAGGAUAUAGUGCAAUGUUCAAAGUCAAUGGAAGGAAGAAAAAUGUUGAAGAGAUUCGGUGACCUAACUAAAAGUUUGGAUCCCAGAGUCAGUUUCAUACCGACCAUCACUCUGGAUCACGAGAUAGACAAUCAAAUAUUGAUUCUAAAAAACCUGCUCCGUCAAGUAUGUCAGAGAUUAGAUUCACCACCAAGCGAGUGCAAGAGCUAGGACUCGGUUCUAAUGAUCCCUAAAAAGCGAUCAAGGAACAUGUUUGGAAAAACGUUUUUAUAAUUAUAUAUAUGUAUAUGCAUUAAAAGUCUCACUACUUUAACUGUAUGAUAUGUGUAUAAUAAUGAUCUGCUCUCUCACAAGAGAUUCACUCGAAAUAUAUAUAUAUAUAUAUAUAUAUAUAUAUAUAUAUAUAUAACACACACACAUAUAUAUAUAUGUGGACGUUAAAAAUCAACUCAAUCUUUAUCACACUCGCAAAAUGUUUAUACAUGUCAAAUUCUGUUGAAAUUAUCAAUCGCUGUGUGUGUAUAUAUAAUUAUGAAGCAUAAAAAAAAGAUUUUUGAUUAAUUUUUCGUGACAUGUGAUUGUAAAAUAGUUUUGCUAUGUGUAACACUAUAUUAUAUCCUUUAGACAAA